CGGUUUCUCUAUUCUCUCUCUUCCUCUCUUCUGGUCUCUUUUGCUAGGGCUUUGAGGGAAGAGAAAGAGAAUAGCAGUAGAAGGGGGAGAGAGAGUGAAACAGGAUGAGAAAAAGGUAGGAAAAGAAAAGGAGAGAGGGCAUUGGAACUCUGGUCCAUCUGGUUUGAUCUGGGGAAAGAUGUUUUGAAUUAGGGUUCAGGAGAGGGGAAAUGGGGUUAUGCCAUUCGACACCUUCCCCAAGACCCAAUCCUUACUCCAUCAGAGAAGAAGAACCAGUGCAGGAAAAUCCUAGGCCUUCUGAAAAUGCUGUUAAUGGUGAAAAUGAGGAUCACAAUCAACAGCAACAGCAGCAGAACGCGGAAGCGGAAGUAGGAAAAAAAUCUCCUUUUUUCCCCUUUUACAGCCCAAGCCCUGCUCAUUAUUUUUUCUCAAAGAAAUCUCCGGCGCCGAGUUCUAAUUCUACGCCUAAGAGGUUCUUUAAGAAGCCUUUCCCACCACCGUCUCCCGCCAAGCACAUUCGGGCUGUGUUGGCGCGACGGCACGGAUCGGUGAAGCCGAAUGAAGCCGCUAUACCGGAGGGAAAUGAAUCGGAGGGUAUUGCUGGGCUCGAUAAGAGCUUUGGAUUCUCGAAACAUUUCGCCAGUAAGUAUGAGCUUGGAGAUGAGGUUGGGCGAGGGCAUUUUGGCUACACAUGCGCUGCCAGAUUUAAGAAAGGAGAACUUAAAGGCCAACAGGUUGCUGUCAAAGUUAUCCCGAAAGCCAAGAUGACUACGGCUAUUGCCAUUGAGGAUGUUAGAAGGGAGGUGAAAAUCUUGAGAGCUUUGACAGGACAUAACAAUUUAGUGCAGUUCUAUGAUGCAUAUGAGGAUCAUGAUAACGUCUAUAUAGUAAUGGAGUUAUGUGAAGGAGGAGAGCUUUUAGAUAGAAUACUUUCAAGGGGUGGAAAGUACACAGAAGAGGAUGCAAAAGCUGUCAUGGUACAGAUAUUAAAUGUUGUUGCUUUUUUCCAUCUCCAGGGUGUGGUCCACCGGGACCUUAAACCAGAGAAUUUCCUCUUCACUUCCAAGGAUGAAAAUGCGCAAUUGAAGGCCAUAGACUUCGGCUUAUCAGAUUUUUCCAAACCAGAUGAAAGGUUAAAUGACAUUGUAGGAAGUGCAUACUAUGUGGCACCUGAAGUUCUGCAUAGAUCUUACAGUACAGAGGCGGAUGUUUGGAGCAUUGGUGUGAUAGCCUAUAUUCUUUUGUGUGGCAGUCGUCCAUUUUGGGCCAGAACUGAAUCUGGGAUCUUUCGAGCAGUCCUGAAAGCUGACCCAAGCUUUGAUGAAUCUCCUUGGCCUACUCUAUCUCCUGAGGCAAAGGAUUUUGUCAAACGCCUAUUGAAUAAGGACCCACGCAAAAGAAUGACUGCUGCUCAGGCUCUAUGCCAUCCUUGGAUUAGAAAUUAUAAUGAUGUAAAAGUUCCCCUCGACAUUCUGAUAUUCAGACUCAUGAAGGCCUAUAUGCGCUCAUCAUCUUUGCGUAAGGCUGCUUUGAGGGCACUAUCAAAAACACUGACUGUGGAUGAGCUCUUUUAUCUUAAGGAGCAGUUUGCACUAUUGCAACCAAACAAGAAUAACAGCAUAAACUUAGAGAACAUUAAGACAGCCUUGAUGAAAAAUGCAACAGAUGCAAUGAAGGAGUCUCGUAUCCAUGAUUUUCUUGGAUCGCUACUUGCACUUCAAUACAGAAGGAUGGAUUUUGAAGAAUUUUGUGCAGCAGCAUUAAGUGUGUAUCAGCUUGAGGCACUCGAUCAGUGGGAGCAACAUGCUCGUUGUGCCUAUGAACUUUUUGAGAAGGAUGGUAACAGGGCAAUUGUCAUUGAGGAACUUGCUUCGAAAAUAUCUAUAGCUAUUCAGGUCCAUUUAGAACUUGGGCUUAGCCCUUCUGUCCCUGUCCAUGCCGUUCUUCAUGAUUGGAUAAGGCAUACUGAUGGGAAGCUGAGUUUCCUUGGGUUUGUCAAAUUGUUGCAUGGUGUGUCCAGCCGGACUCUUGCAAAAGCUCAAUAACCGAAUAAAGAAAACCUUGAGUAUGGAUACUCCAGGAGGUACCAAGUCUCCUAUGUAUUGGCAUAGAAACCAGGGAAGUCGUGUUACUAGUUGCUUUUGCAGGCCUUGGUUGAACAGGUUUGUUGUACUGGAGCUGGUUUAACGCUGCAGUCCACUUGACAUAGCAUCAGGCGUGUGGGCGGAGCUCGUACCCACCUGGAUUUAUCGGUGGAAAAUGAGGGAGAUGGAGCUAUCCAAAAUAUGCAGUUGUCAAUCUCCUUCCGUUUCAGAGCCACAAAAGCUGUCUGUCAUUGUUGCUCUCUGUAAAGUCUUGGUACGGUGAUUUGGACGAGAAUGUUUUUAACUGUUUAUUGUUGCUAUAUGUUGUGGCCUAUCGGAGUACCUUGACAUGACUGCGAUGGCAUUGUAUUGUUAAUUGUGUUCUCUUUUCACUAUUCGACAGACCUGCCUGAAAUUGUUCAUUGCUUUCAAGUGAAAUGAAGAAUCCUUCUCUCCCCCCCC